AUGCGUUUCUCCAUCACUUCUCUUCUGGCCCUGGCCGCUGGUGCCACCGCUAUUGAGGCUGUCACCGAGACUGUCACCAUGUACACCACCUACUGCCCUGAGGCUACCUCCAUUGUCCACAGCGGUACCACCUACAGCAUCUCCACCCCCGGACACCUCACCAUGACCGGUGGUCACUACACUGUCACUCGCCCUCUUCUCACCUCCACCGUGGUUGAGUGCAAGAAGUGCUCUUCUUCUACCCCUCUGCCCUCCACCCCUGUCGUCUCUGUCUCCCCCAGCGCUUCCGCCACCCUGGCUUCGACCCCCUACGUCCCCAGCGGUGCCGCCGCUACCGGUGUCCCCGGUACCGCCGCUGGCUCCUCCGGCAGCGGUGUUUCCCCCGCUACCACCUCCCAGCCCGCCUACAACGCUGGUGCCGCUAACGUUGCCGGCGCUGGUGCCGGUCUGGCCGCCGUCUUCGGUGUCGUCGCCCUCCUCCUGUAA